AUGGCUGCUGAACUUUCAAACAAGGUGGUUAUGCAGUUAACUACCAGUCUGGAAGACUUGAUGAUUAGUGAGGAUGAAGAUGAAGAUUCGCAGGAGGGCAUUAUUCUGGCUGAUCCAACCAAUCGUAUUGAAAAACUUAUGGACAGAGUGAGACGAGUUGAACAUAAGCAGAGAACUUUGGGUAGAGCCAUUUUUACAUUAGCUCCUGGUGUUGAAAUGUCUGUUUCUAUUUACACAGGUGUAAGAAAAACAUAUAAACCAUCAAAAGUGAAACUUUGGAAAGUUACCAAUGAAGAAGUGAGGUAUGUGAAGAAGGAGUAUCUUGAGGAUGAAGUUCGCAACAUGGGCAAUGUUUAUCCUCCAGGCAUUGAACUUAUAGGAUUCAAGCCACUCAGCUUCAUCAAGCCAUAUUGUGUGGAGAAUAUGACUCGUGCUACUCCAGAUCAAGUUGAUGCAGCAAAGGCAGUCAUACAAAAACUGCACUUCACAUAUAAUCCUGAAGGCUUUGAUAAUCCAAGCCUUCAAACCCACUGGCGUAACAUUGAAGCUCUGGCACUGAAUAGGUCUGAAUUGGAACCCGUUUCAGAUCACACGGUUCCACCCAAUGAUCGAAUUCUUAAGAAAGCGGGUAAACUACUAGAUGAACUUCGGGACUUGGUGUAUCCACCCUCUUAUGAUCCAGCUAACCUUCCAAAGAAAAGGCCAACAGCAUCAUCUACUCCUGCACCAAAGAAACCAAAAAUUGACCCGAAAUCUAUGAGUGCAGAAGACUUGGCAAAAGAAGGAAAAGUAAGCAAAGGUGUCACUUGUAUCAUGAUUAGUGAAGUCAUCCCUUGAACUUUUAUGGCAAUGGUGUCAAGACCCCAUGGAUUUUGAAUGUAUAGCUGCGUGUUUUACCACUUCAUAUUACAGAU